AUGACUGAGGAAACUCGCAAUCCACUUGCGCCGGAGCAGCCGCUCAAGAGACCAUUGGAAGGACAGCAAUUGGAAGAAGCACAUCCACCACAGCCAAUCUUCCCCGAAGACUCAGCAGUCACGAAAGCUGAGAAGAUUGAAAGAAAUGGCGUCAAUGCCAAUACUGUUGAGGCUGCUGAAGCCCCAAUUACCUCGGAGGUCUCAGGACCGCCAUCAAAACGAAUCAAGGUCGACGAACAGAACGUGGAAGCUCCUAAAGUGGAUGCAAGAGACAAGGUAAAAGGAAUAGCUUUGGUGAAACCCGAAUAUCUUAUCGACACCUACAAAAGAACCACAGAUGAUUCAGGACCCCGCGAUGACGAUGCUGCAGAAGGACGAGGAACAGAUUCGAGAGAUUCGAGAGACAAUGGUGGAGGCAGAGACGGCAAAAAGAAAAAGAAAGAAAAGGGUCAGAACAAGAAGCGCGAAUUCGGAUCUUGGUUUGACAAAAUCCGAUUGUGCAACACUCUAGCCACCAGUUCUGAAUUCUCACCAAAACCCUGCAAAUUUGGAGAAAAGUGCAAUUGCAGUCAUGAUCUACGGGAGUACUUGAAGGAUGGUAAGAGGGAAGAUCUUGCGACGUUUGGGGGUUGGAAAUGUCGAUUUGUUGCAAGCCAUUCCGAAGAAGUUGUGAGAGAAGAUGGUCGUAAGGAGUUGGUCCUCAUCGAGAAGGACGGGGUGACGGCAGAAGAUGAUGAUGAUAAUGAGAAUCGAAAAGGUAUCGUCAAUGUCGUGGGAACAGAAGCAAAACUCCAGCUUGCCAAACGAAAAACAAAGACGGAUAAAGCAGAUGCAUACUUGGAAUGGAUGGAAAAGGAUGCAAGAAUUAUGGAGAAGAUUCAUCAGGCGAAGAGGGCCGAGUCCGAAACCCAGAGACAGGAAGCUCGCGCUGAAUUCGUGGAUCCUCCUUUUCUGCCUUCCGAGAAGCGAAGGAUAUACUACGGUCCAGAGACUCCAGUUCUCGCUCCUCUUACCACACAAGGCAACCUGCCCUUCAGAAGGAUGUGCGUCGAAUUUGGAGCACAACUUACUUACUCUGAGAUGGCCAUGUCGCUGCCCAUAAUUCAAGGUCAGAAGGGUGAGUGGGCUUUGAUGAAAGCUCACGAGAGUGAGAUCUCUCCACCAAGAUAUUCUCCUACAUCGAUUGUUCAAGACUAUGAUAAUUCGAAGGACCUAAAAUUCGGAGCACAGAUAUCAGCCAGCAAGCCAUGGCAAGCUGUGAAGACAACAGAGAUUCUCUCGCGGUUGGUACCACACCUUCGGGUCAUUGAUUUAAAUUGCGGAUGCCCCAUUGAUCUUGUAUUUCAACAAGGGGCUGGUUCAGCUCUACUGGAUGCUCCAUCAAAAUUGGAAAAGAUGAUUCGAGGUAUGAAUAUGGUUUCCGGAGAUAUUCCCAUCUCUGCCAAAAUUCGGAUGGGCACUAUGGAUAGUAAGCCAACGGCUCAAAAGACGAUCGAACGUCUGGCAUUCGGUGGUCACGAAUCCGAUCGACUCGGUGCGCCAGGUUGUGCGGCAAUUACACUUCAUGGAAGAAGCAGGCAGCAGCGAUACACAAAGAAUGCGGAUUGGAGUUAUAUUGCCGAAUGUGCUGCGCUCGUCAAGUCAUACAACAACAAGAAAGACGAGCUGACAGACACAGUCAUGGAGCCAGAUGCUCGCACUUUACCCAACGCCCCAGAUGGAAGGAUGUACUUCAUUGGCAACGGGGACUGCUACUCACAUGUUCAAUAUCUUGAUGAUAUCCAGAAUGGAGGAGUGGAUUCUGUGAUGGUAGCAAGAGGGGCUCUCAUCAAGCCAUGGAUUUUCGAGGAGAUCGAAAAAGGACAGUACCUUGAUAAGUCUGCUUCGGAGCGUCUUGGAUAUGUUGAAAAGUUCGUUCGCCAUGGUUUGGAAGCUUGGGGAUCAGAUGAAGUGGGGGUUGGACAAACUCGACGAUUCUUGCUUGAGUGGCUAAGUUUUGCUCACCGCUAUGUCCCAGUAGGCAUUCUAGAUCAUCUCCCACCAAGUCUACAAGAUAGACCACCUGCGUACAGGGGUCGAAGCGACUUGGAGACGUUAUUAGCUAGUGAGAACUACUUGGACUGGGUCAAAAUUAGUGAAAUGUUCCUUGGUCCCGCCCAUAAGGAUUUUCGAUUCCAGCCAAAGCAUAAGUCCAACAGCUAUGAUAUUGAGGCAGAGGGAUGA